AUGUUCCAGCAAGUAACCAGAUUGGCCAGCAGAAGGGCGUUCUCGUCGACGGUCAGGCGCCAGGCGCACUACGAGGAGGGCGUGUACUCCAACAUCCCAAUGAAGAUCCACAACCGCAGGAUCCCGUACGCGGUGCUGCACUUCGGGUUCUUCGCGCUGGGCUUCUCGUUGCCGUUCGUGGCGGUGUACGUGCAGUUCAAGAAGGCCGGCUUGUGA